AUGGCUGCCAAUAACGAAGUUAAUGGUGGUCUAAAAAAUCAUUUCGUCGCUUUCCUGGGCGAAUUCGUCGGAACAUUUCUCUUCCUCUUUUUCGCUUAUGGCGGAACACAAACCGCCAAUCAGACAUCUCAAGGAAACGCAUCGAUAGUUGCAAGUCCUGAUAUAAAUCAAUUGCUUUACAUUGCUUUGAUUUUCGGCUUCAGUCUCACCGUCAACGUCUGGAUCUUCUUUCGUGUUAGUGGAGGGCUUUUUAACCCGGCUGUCACAUUAGCUCUUUGCCUUGUAGGUGUGGUGGGUCCUGUCAGAUCUAUUUUCAUAUUCAUAGCCCAGGUUCUUGCCUCUAUCACUGCUGCCGCCGCGGUUCGAGGCCUUCUUCCAGGAGACGCUGUACUCUUUAGUUGUGCACUGGCGUCCGGUACUUCCAUUGCCCAAGGACUCUUCCUUGAGAUGUUCUUCACUAUCGAGCUAGUGUUUACCAUUCUCAUGUUAGCAGCCGAGAAAACUAAAGUCACCUUCGUGGCACCUGUGGGGAUAGGACUCUCGCUCUUUGUUGCGGAGUUGAUGGGCGUUGCUUGGACAGGUGGUGCUUUGAAUCCAGCUAGAGCAUUUGGCGCAGAAGUUAUCGGAGGAUUUAGGGGUUAUCAUUGGAUUUACUGGUUAGGACCUUUCAUGGGGGCAGUUCUCGCAGCGGGCUUCUACAAGGUUAUCAAACAUCUGAACUAUGAACAGGUAAACGGUGAACAAGAUCUUUCCGCUGAAGAGCUACAGUUGAGAGAUGAAAAGAAAGCUCGAAAGAAGGAAGAAAGGCGAAGAAAACAAAAUUUUGCAAAUCUUUUUCAUCAUCAUCAUGCGAAUACCAGGGGCGGAGGAGGAAAUGCUGCAGAUGAUGGAAGGCCCAAUUCAGCACCUUCUUACACAGGGCCUCCAGCUGGGGUCCUAGCAUGGCCGCAUUCAGCAAGUACCAUCAGGGAGAAUGGGGAUUCUUCGAGGUUUGCGGAGGUGGGAAGCCAGGACGGUAUUGUGAUGACACGAGAGCAACCGGCAGAACAGUUCAGGCUAAGCGGAGAGAAAUAUGUUCAGGAUGCUAAUGCCCAGAAUAGAGCCAAAACACCUUGA